GAUUAAUUUCACUGCAGUCAGGCAGGUAAACACUUUCAGUUUCAAUAAUCUAUACGGCAUGCGCGAUGUAUAUCCAAUAAUUGACUAUAAUAUACCUCUUAAUAAUAUAUUAUGAUUAUAAUAUAAUAUACAUAGGUACCUACAUUAUAAAUCUACUUUUUAAAUUUUUAAUCGUACAUUAUAAUAAGUUUGCCUACACGGAUUAAACAGCCCAAAAUAUGAGUAAUUCAGUUGUUAGAAUUGGCAGUUUUUUACAUACAAGCUUCUGUCAUCGAACAAUAGCACGUCGAUUUUUGUCGCACUAUCCAAUCGACGAUGUUUUGUUUAACCUCAACGAUGAACAAAUUCAGUUACGGAAAACCGUUUUUGAUUAUGCGCAGAGAGAAAUAGCACCAAAAGCGGCUGAAAUAGACAAGACAAACACGUUCAAUGACCUAAGGAAAUGCUGGCUGGAACUGGGAUCGUUAGGUCUUCUGGGCAUUACCAUUCCAACAGAAUACGAAGGUACCGGAGGCAGUUAUACCGAUCAUGUAAUUGCCACGGAAGAGAUUUCUAGAGCCAGCGGAUCUGUGGGCUUGAGCUACGCUGCUAACACUAACCUUUGCAUGAACCAAAUUCGAUUGAACGGUACGCAAGAACAAAAGGCCAAAUACUUACCACGGUUAUGCAAAGGUGAAGCUGUUGGAGCGCUGGCUAUGUCUGAACACGGCUCGGGUUCCGAUGUAGUUUCUAUGAAGUUAAAAGCAGAACGUAAAGGAUCCCAUUAUAUUCUAAAUGGUAGUAAAUUUUGGAUCACUAAUGGACCAGACGCCGAUGUGCUAGUGGUGUACGCUAGAACGAAUCCAGAUGCUAAAAAGCAGCAUGGUAUUACUGCAUUUAUAAUUGAGAAAACUUUUGAAGGGUUUACUACUGGCCAAAAACUCGAUAAACUUGGCAUGAGAGGUUCAAACACUUGUGAACUUAUUUUCCAAGAUUGCAAAGUACCUGUUGAAAAUGUAUUAGGUGAGGAAAAUAAAGGCGUAUACGUUUUAAUGUCCGGUCUAGACUUGGAAAGGAUGGUGCUUGCUGGCGGGCCUGUUGGAUUAAUGCAAGCGUGUAUAGACUUGACAUUUGAUUACGUACAUUCUAGAGAACAAUUCAAUACUAAAAUUGGAGAGUUUCAAUUAAUUCAGGCUAAAAUCGCUGAUAUGUAUACUACAUUGAGUGCCACUAGAAACUAUCUAUACAACGUAAGUAGAGCCUGUGAUAAAGGUCACGUGUGCAGCAAAGACUGUGCUGGAGUGAUACUUUUUUCUGCUGAAAACGCUGUUAAGAUGGCAUUGGACACAAUACAAUGUUUAGGCGGAAAUGGAUACAUAAACGAUUACGCAUCAGGCAGAUUUCUGAGAGAUGCCAAGUUGUAUGAAAUUGGUGCAGGGACCAGUGAAAUCAGAAGACUAAUUAUUGGCAGAUCGCUUAACAAAGAAUACUCUUAAAACGGUUGUGUUUUUAAUAACAUUUCAACAGUUGGUAAUAUCACCGUCCACCGAUUACGUUAAAAUGGAUUUUGCGUAUAUUAUUAUAAUGUAUUUACAUUUUUAAUUUUAAAUACACGUUGUGCCUAUACCCUGUAUCAAAAGAGAAUACACCAGCUUUACGUAAGGAAAUCGGUUUUUCCGGUGGCCGCCUGGUGUGUUCUCUUUUGAAACAGGGUAUACACUAUACAGUGCAGGUAUGUUGUAUAUUUGUAUGAUUUUGAUUUAAUUCAUUCAUUUUUUAUAUAUUUAAAAAGUAUACAUUAUAACUGUAUAUAUAGUAUUGGUACCUAGUGACUAAUUUUGAAUUGCUUAUAAAAUUAAAAUUCGUUUUUCCUUACAAAA